CGUCUUCAUACAGGAUGGCGAAAUUAUGUUUCAACUUCUACUUUUUAAUAGACGACUUGUAAAAUCUUGUUAACGUAACAAUGAUGACAUCCGAGGAAAGAGAUUAUUUAGUGCUGCCUGCAAUGAAUAUGUCCCGUUCGAUUGACCCUGAUAACUGUUUACGCCUGCUGGUACAUCAAAAUACAGUCCCAAAACUGAAUCAGCCUUGGAGAUGCUGAGUCAAUUCGUCCACAACUUUGACGAAAUCUGGCGGCCUUCUCAGACACGAACGAAACCUCAGACGCUGUGAGGCCGCUCCCUGUUACGGUCCCCAGUGGCACGUCAUCGGACGAUUCAAAGUAAAUCUACUUGCCAAGAUAAGGAUCCGAUCGGAAAGGGGCACCUGUCGUCACGAUGAGUCAGACCAAAAAUUCAAUCUCGAGCCACACUGAGGCGAAUUGACACAAGCAUUUGCGCAUUUGCCCCAUUGCACGAGCUUGUGUAAUAAACGUCCGUAGUUAUCUGGAGUUCAAAGCCCAGGCAUUUGUAGAGACAGGCGGUGAUUUUCUAGUUCACAAGAGCAAAGACACAUCGAGAGGGCGCUGCACAGAGAAGGGAGCCGCAGUAGCUGUGAUUCUUUUCACCAUGGGGAUGCGAGACUGUGCGAAGAGUGUUCUUUUCAUUUUCAACCUGCUGUUUUUCAUGACCGGGGUGGCUGUGUUGGCCAUCGGUGCCUUCCUGUACAGCCGCGAGGGUCCUUUUGCCACCCUUCUUCCCAGCCUGCCGUUCCUCAACGUGACAACUAUGACCAUGAUCGUGGGCUGCGUCAUCAUGAUCGUCGCUUUCCUCGGCUGCUGCGGUGCCAUGAAGGAGAACGUGUGCAUGGUUUCUACCUAUUUUAUCAUAAUGGUGGCAAUCCUGACGGCGGAGCUGAUAGCUGGUGGGCUGGGCUUUGCUAACAGGAACGCGGUGGAGGCGUUUAUAGAGAAGGACCUGACCCAGCGGGGGAUCCCUCUGUACGGUACGAAGGGCGAACAUGGCCUGACAUCGGCUUGGGACAGAAUGCAAACUUCGCUGUCUUGCUGUGGCGUCAACAAUUCAACCGAUUGGAGUCGAUUUCAUCCCCUCAUGACCAUACCGGGUGAGACGCCAGAUUCCUGUUGUUCCGAGCAUCUUGUCACGGCUUGUGGCAGGGACAAUGACGUCAGCAAGUGGGAAAAGGGUUGCAAGGAGGUCCUAAAUGGCGAGAUAAAGAGUCACAUGGGGGUUGUGGCAGGAGCCCUCAUUGGUGUGGGAGUGUUUCAGAUGCUUGGCAUCGUCCUAUCCUUCAUGCUGUGUUACUCAAUCCGGAAAGGCUAAACACAGAGGCCAGUAGCUUCAAACUCAUCUGAAAUUUGAUUUUUAAGACAGGCCAAGCCCAGAAUAGAAAUAGUAUACUAAGUCAUAUUUUAGUUAAAGUCUUUUAUACUGUAUAAAGUGUAUGCUUAAAUAAUACAUGUAUUUUGUCAACGGAAAUUUAUUAUUGGACUGGUUCUAUGGGUGGCAUUAAGUGGGCAGUCUUAUGCAGAAAUAUUGAUAAAAAGAUAACUUUCGUGUCCUGUUUUUCGACAAAAACACUUUUAAACCUGAAAACAUGAUGCUGAUUACAGCCACCUGACGAGAAUUCCCCUUUUUCCACUCGCCAAUAAGUCUAAGGUGUGAGUAUAAUGUAUACACUUAACAUCUGUAAAGAUAGCCUUGUCGGAAUGGACGCCUAUGUUUCAAAAAUCUAAUACCAAAAACUUGCUGAAUGCAGCGAGUGACCCCGUAAUCGGAGGAGCCUUUCAUCGCCGACAGUUUGAUGUUGUGAUUGAAGCUGUAAUGCAGUCUGGGUGAAAUAAUUUUAAUUAAGAACAUCCCCCAAAGAAAUUUUAGUAGAGGAUGUAUACCCGCAGUUUGGGUUGACAAAAAUCUAGGGAUUGUCUCAUGAACGAAACGCGGUAUAGUUUUUUAUUUAAUAAGAGACCAGUUCAUAACGUUGCAAGAUCAGCAAAAACUACAAUAGGAGAAAUUAACCUUGGAAUUCGAUGUGAAUGUGCAUUGGUUCCACGAGGUUCAUCAGCAACAUUAAUCAUAUGUACCUCCUCACAAAUGUCCCAACUUCUUAACACCUACUGUCUUACUAUUUAAAGAACAUAAUUGUACUGAGAACCGGCAAGCUUUGUCACUCGGAAUAUAAAAGUGAUAUAAUGCAGUUAAGCCUUCCUUCCUGGCAAGGAAAAGAUCCUUUUAUUUACAUCUCUAAAUGUCUACUUCUUCAUUUCUUAUUUAUCAGUAUGUAUUCUUCCUGUGAAUGCAACAGGUCUUUAGGUAAUAAAGACUCAGUAACUAAAUCAGAAAAAAAAACCAGAACUAAAAUCAAUUGCAUUUUCAUUUAUUAUGCAUGCCUUCCAAUUUGACCAAUUGAUUCCGUGUGUUAAUACACUGAGGGCUGGGGUAUGUUGUCACCGUGUAACAACUCAAUCCAUAUGGGUUUUGUGUGAUCCAAUACACCUAACCUUGCUGGCAGGCAUUACACAUGGUGUCGAUGGGUAUUUGAGACCGUCGGUGAUGAAGAUGAUGAAAUUCACCUCUCUACAGAAAAUGGAGUUUUUUUUAUAGUUUUGAAAUGUAAAAGUUUACUUUAAAGGUCUACAACCGUUUGCAUUACCGUUUCUUGACGACGUAACUCCUUGAGAUCUCACCCUCUGGACGUACGAUUGCAAUAAUGUGAUUGUUGUCAGGACUUAUUAAUUACGACGCAAAAUGUUGGAAGUUAUUCUUUUGACUGCUACAAAGGUGAAACGACCUGAAUGUGAUGGACGAGUUGUACAUGUACGAUCUUGAGGUACGUUGCACAAUACAAAUGUUUUGAUAAAACAAUUAAAUGGUUUAUGCUGCAAUAACUCUA